UUCGGGCAUCGCCAAUACGUUGUAUAGGGCCGCAGAAUCCACUCUCAUCAGAGCCCCGCGAGUCCGAGUCAUCGAUGCGCCGUGCACCGGAGACUCAUCAAUCUGCUUCAAAGUUUCAAUGUGCUGUCUUACUGAAAACCGUUCUCCGUUCUCCUGUUGCAAUCAUUGAGGACUGAAUCACAGCCCUACAGAGCUUGAAGUCCUUAUAGUGCUUGAAACACAAGGCUUGUCUUAUACACAAUCCCUAGUGUUUAUCACUCCAACACAACCGUCUGUCCACCUCCAACCACUUCUACUAAAGACUUGUCGACACCAUGCCUGCCUCCACGCCCACCGGAAACAUCACGAUCCCUCAGAGAUCAAACCCCAAUGGCGACAGCAAUGCCACCUCGAACUCUCUUCGCCGCGAAGUCUCGCGCAGCCUCUCCAUGUCCACCUCACCCCACGAUACUUUCCACCACCGCAAAAUGUCCAUGGGCGUCGAGGGCACCUCGCCUAACCUGCGACGCACCACGACCGGCGCCGUCCCCAAGCCGUUGAAGCCGUUCCGAGAACAAGAUAUCAAGAUAUUGUUGCUGGAGAACGUCAACCAGACCGGCAGAGAGAUUCUACAGCGGCAGGGAUACCAGGUCGAGUUUAUGAAGUCGUCUUUGCCGGAGGAUCAAUUGAUUGAGAAGAUUAAGGACGUCCACGUUAUCGGCAUCCGUAGCAAGACCAAGUUGACGUCGCGAGUGCUGGCGGCGGCCAAGAACCUGAUUGUGAUCGGAUGUUUCUGCAUCGGCACGAACCAAGUGGACCUGGCGUACGCGGCGUCGCACGGCAUCUGCGUGUUCAACUCACCAUUCUCCAACUCGCGCAGCGUGGCGGAACUGGUCAUCUGCGAGAUCAUCGCACUGGCGCGGCAACUGGGCGACCGCAGCAACGAAAUGCACCGCGGGACAUGGAACAAAGUGUCGGCCAAGUGCUGGGAGGUGCGAGGCAAGACGCUGGGCAUCAUCGGGUACGGACACAUUGGAUCUCAGCUGUCGGUGUUGGCCGAGUCGAUGGGCAUGGAUGUCAUCUACUAUGACAUUGUGAAUCUGAUGGGCAUGGGCAACGCUCGCCAGAUCCCGACGCUGGACCAGCUGCUAGCCACAGCAGACUUUGUGACGUGCCAUGUCCCCGAGCUGCCGGAGACGAUGAACAUGAUUUCGACGCACCAGCUCGAGACGAUGAAACAGGGCAGUUACCUGAUCAACGCGUCGCGCGGGUCCGUUGUCGACAUCCCCGCCUUGAUCGACGCCAUGCGCUCGGGCAAGAUCGCCGGCGCCGCCCUCGACGUCUACCCUGCCGAACCGGCCGGUAACGGCGACUACUUCAACAACGAUUUGAACUCCUGGGCCGAAGACCUACGUAGUUUGAAGAACCUGAUUCUCACACCUCACAUUGGUGGUUCCACCGAGGAGGCCCAGUCCGCCAUUGGCGUCGAGGUCGCCGAGGCCCUGGUGCGCUAUGUCAACGAGGGCGUCACCGUCGGCGCCGUCAAUAUGCCCGAGGUCACCCUGCGCAGUCUGACCAUGGACGAACCCAACCAUGCCCGGGUCAUCUUCAUCCAUCAGAACGUCCCUGGUGUGCUGAGACGCGUCAACGAAAUCCUCGGCGACCACAAUGUCGACAAGCAGAUGACCGACUCGCGCGGCGACGUCGCCUAUCUCAUGGCCGAUAUCUCCAAUGUCCGCGAGGAGGAAAUUGCCCAGCUGUACCGCGAGCUCGAGUCCCUCAAGGAGCGCAUCAUUACCCGCAUCCUUUAUUGAUUGCAAAGAAGUCAAACCCGGCCUGAUACCGCGGCGUUGAAAAGGUUGCCACUUUGCUUCUGGUUUAGUCCCAAGGCCUUGGUUUAAAGGGAUGAAGAUUCUCUAGCAACAAAAGCCGUCCAGAAGCAAAACAGUUAGCCGCCUGGGAAAAACGACUGACCGUGGGACGUCUACGCAACGUGCUUGAGCUGAACCAACGACCACGGCCCCGGGUAGACAAACCCGCGGAUGGAUAGGUAGCGAAUUGGGCUACUGAUUGGCGAGUGCGGUGUUGGGAUACUAGGACCUUGAGUUGGAGUCCUGAAAUUUGAAGUGUUACAUAUAGACAAGGCGAACAGGGAUAUGGAACGUGGACUAGGAGAGAGAAUGGAAACAAACGGCGAAAAAAUGGAAGUGAAUCAUGAUGAAUGGGUGGUUUAUCGCAUCGAGAGCCAGGGAAGAAAAGAAAACAAGAGAAAAGCAGCCAUCUGCAUUGUACAAUUGCUAUGAGUAUGGCAAUGUUAUGAUCUGGCAAGGCUACGCUAGGCCAAACUUGAAGACAUGAUAGGUAUAUUUUCUCAACUCUGGAGCAGAGUGGUGUCCAUUGAAAAAGAGACACAGAGCCGGACUUGUUGCAUUCAACACAGCCACUGCAGUUCAGAAAUCGAAACUCGUUGUGUUAGG